AUGUUUAAGUAUGUUAUUUUUGGUGCUAGUGGAUUACUGAGUGGUUGGAUUUUAAGAGAUAUAUUUUUUUUUUCUAUUAACAACAUAAGUUCAACAAAUGGUAUUUUAUUAAAUAAGUUUGUAUGUGAAAAAGAAGGUUUUUUUAAAAAUAUAUUUAAUGAAUUAAGGUAUUGCUUUGAUCCAUUAGAAUUAAAAAAAGGAUUUAAUAAUUACAAUAUAUAUAUAAAAGAAAAUAAUUAUUUCAUAGAAACGCUUUAUAUUGAAAAAUGGAACAAUAUCAAAGAUAUGAAUGAGUAUAUUAAUAGUGAGGAGAAUAAAAAAAAUUUACAUUAUUUGAAAAAUUUAAAUAUUUUUUUUUGUCCAUCAUUGUUUGUUUUAUUAAAACAUUAUAGUGGAAAUGAUAUUCCAAGUUAUUUAAAAAGAUAUUUUGAAUAA